UGCCGUGGCAGCGGCAGUUUGAGGACGGAGCUUGUAUGAAGCGUCGCUGCGUUCCUCUGAGAGCCGACCACACACUGUCGGGGGUCAGGCUGCCUCCCGUCAUCCAGGUGAGGUUGGUGGGCGUGGCCUCUUCGUCGGGACACCUGAGCGACUCAUCCAGCAGCAAAUCAGCCAUUGGGUCUUCAAGGCGAUGCCCAGCGGCAUCUGCGACUCGUCGUUUGCGAUUUGAGGAUGAGACGGAGACGGAGGUAGAGUCUCGUUACCUGGAGCGACAGUGGCAGAGGAGACGUGGGGGGCAGCAAGGGACAGGUGUCCUGGUCUCUAAACCGAACCUCAACUACUACGUCAACGCUAGGGCGGGACAUGUUGACAAACAGCACAGUGGACAGACACCUGUGGGGGGGGAGGGUCAGUGCGACUCCUGUGGGACAGUUUUAGGAGGUGGAGUCAACCUGAACCUCCGUCUACACCUACCUGCACCUGAAAACCAGGGGCGGAGUCUGCACAGACCUUGCCUCAACCUGCGGACUGAGCCCAUCAGAGAGACCUACAUUGGCUCUGUCACACCUGGUGAGACCGGUGAGAGUGGGGGCCAUGUCAGGAGCACGGCCAAUCAGGUGGAACUUAAUGGAAAACAGAUGACCAUCUCUCAAGCCACGCCCACCACAGACCUGCCAAUCAACCCCUAUGCUCCUGAUCAGCUGACCACGCCCACGACUAACUGCCUCUUCUCUCCUCCUUGCUCUGUGACAUCAUUGCUGAUGUCACAGAGCAUCAGGCUCAACAGCACAAAAGCAGGGCAGGAUUUGAGCCGCAGCCGGGAAGAGCAGGACUCACCUGCAGCCAAGCCCCACAGACAUCUCCGAUUUGCGGCAGAGGUGAAGGACAGGAGCCCUUCUGUGCAAGAGGAAGGUCUGGAUAUCAGGAUGAAGAUCUCCUCCUCCUCAGGGAGAAGUUCAGAGACAACGGCUGAGAGCCAAGUCCCGGACAAAUCAGGCAGCAACAGUGAUGGACAGGUGAGACAGCCAGUGAGAGCAGAGGUUCAUGGUGAUGACACUUCAGUUCCUGAAUGCCUCAUCAGCAGAGACGAACCGUAUCGUCUUUCUCUACGUCGCCUUUUCUCCAAGGUCAAACUGAGGAGGACUCGAACUGGCAGCCUCGACCGUCUCAGCUCAUGGCCCCACCCCUUUGUUUCUGACCCCACAUUCCCAGGUUCAAGGAAGUCCUCAGGCCUGCUGAAGAAAACACCAUCUGUUCAGUCACUCAGUGUGGGUUCACCCUUCUUGCAGUUGAGGAAGUCAUCGUCAGCUGAGAGUUUUGUGUUGGAGCAGAAGAAGACAGAUCGUUCUACUGACAACAGACCAGCUGCUGACCAGUUGCUGCAGGGGUGUCUCAGUAUCAAGGAUGUUGGUUGUCCCUCUUCAGUCCGUUCUGUCGGUCGUGUUCUUGCAGUUUGUUCUGAUGGAACAUUUCUGUUGGAAGUCAGCCGACCAAAUAGCCAAAUGUAUGGAUUCAUCAUCAGCAGGGGGAGAGGACGACAUGAAUCUGGUGUAUAUGUGGAGGACAUGGUGGACAGCAGCACUAAUAAGCUGUAUGCUGGCCUGCUGGCGGUUGGAGAUGAGAUCCUGGAGGUGAAUGGAGAGAAGGUAGCCUGUCUGAGUCUGGACCAGGUGACCCACCUGCUCACCCAGAGCACCUCUGCCACCAUCCGGGUGCUCCGGAACCCGGUGAAGCCUCCACAGUGACCACAACACUGUCUGACUGUAAAUACAAACAUCACAAUAACCACAACAAUGACUGAGCGUAGCCACAUGACCUAACCUUCAUAACCAAACCCUACCUUCGAUCACCUGAUCACCUGGUCCAACCAAAACUUAAACUCCAGAACAUGUCUUUAACAAAGUGAACCGGACUUCCUUCCAACUUCCACAAACACUGCAACAAAGUGCUGAGCUGCUUCUAAAACGUACAAACCUCUGGUCCAACCAGAACUGUGUUCUACCAACCAAAUCCUCCACAGGACACCCCCCAACUACACAUGGGACAUUUUAGCUGCCACUGUUUCAGGACAAAAGCCAUCAUGUCUUUAUAGCUAAUCAACAUGAAACCUAGAAAUCAAAUCUCCAACUUCUGUCAUCAGAGAGUUCAGGUAGAUCAGUUCCAGGUCUACUGGUAGAUAAGUUCAGGUCUACAGGUCGAUCACUUCAGGUCUACAAGUAGAUCAGUCCAGGUCUACAGGUAGAUCAGUUUAGGUCUACAGAUCAGUUCAGGUCUACAGGUAGAUCAGUUCAGGUCUACAGGUAGAUCAGUUUAGGUCUACAGAUCAGUUCAGGUCUACAGGUAGAUCAGUUCAGGUCUACAGGUAGAUCAGUUCAGGUCUACAAGUAGAUCAGUUCAGGUCUACAGAUCAGUUCAGGUCUACAGGUAGAUCAGUUCAGGUCUACAAGUAGAUCAGUCCAGGUCUACAGGUAGAUGAGUUCAGGUCUACAAGUAGAUCAGUUCAGGUCUACAGGUAGAUCAGUUCCAGGUCUACAGGUAGAGUGUAUUCUAAAACUAAACAUACCCAUUUAGUCUGUCCCACUGGUAUGUCCCACUAUAAAGUAUGCCCCACUAGUAUGUUCCACUAUAAAGUAUGUCCAUAGUCUGUCCCACUAUAUAGUAUGUCCAUAGUAUGUCCCACUAUAUAGUAUGUCCCUAUAUAGUAUAUCAAAUGCAGUAUGUCAAAGUACAGGAUGUUCUACAUCCGGUCACAUUUUGCCGUUUAAAAGCCAGCAUGCAUUUCUGGCCAUUCUGAUCCAGAAUCCUUUGCGCAGUAGAAAUAUGAGCAAGAGUUAUGAGGAAGUAGUAUGUCCCAGUGGAAUGAAUACUGCAUGCAACAGCUCAGACUUAGUAAGGGCAGCAGCAGUGUGUACUCAGAGUAAAAAGAGAAAAUAUGUGAUCUGGAAUGCAGCCCAACAGUGCCUCUUGUGACUGAUUACUGGAACCUCAGUGGUGUUGUUCUUCUCUCCAGCCUCAGGAGGCAGCAAUGGGCUUAUCGUAGUCUGUUGCACCGAAAUAAAGAGAAAAAAACAUCACACUUAGUGACACAGUUCAGGCUGUUUUUUCAUCUCAAGGACCUUGUGCUGUUUUCAGUUCAGUUUCUCAGGUUGUUUGAACGUUUUUCUUUCUCUUCAGACAUGCUGUCAGGUUUAUUACACAUAUUAAAAGAUGUUAACAUAUGUGGUUUUUUUUUACAAAG